AUCAACAAGUUGUAAAUCUACUUUAAGUUUAUCAAUAACUACAGCAUAGCCUAAAUUCGCUAGAUUUUAAGAUUCGUUUAGCUGAAGAACUUGUAAAUACAAAGUUCUUUCUUAAGCCUUGAACAAAAACAAAAAUGGAAAAUUCUUUUGAAAGUGAAGAGGAGGACGAAGAAGCGGGAAUUUGUUACGAUUUCACCAAGAAGACAUGGCGGGACGAUGUAACAUUUAUUGUGGAAGGCCAGCACCUCCAUGCGACAAAGGCAAUAUUAGCCAUGGAAUCUCCCGUGUUUGAAGCUAUGUUUGGGACCAGCUUCCGAGAACGGGACGAAAAGGAAGUGCCGUUGCCAGGUAAAAAGUAUGCAGACUUCAAAGAGUUUCUCCACUGCAUUUAUCCAAAAUCCAAGAAGAAGAUAGGCAAAAGAAAUGUAUAUAAAGUCCUACCUUUGGCAGAUGAAUAUGAUGUGAAAUCUUUGAUCAAAGAAUGCAAGCGGUUCCUCAAUUCCCACCUAAUAAAUGACCGACCGUCAACGCAAGAGGUGAUGUUUUGUCACGGAUUAGCAACUCGGCAUAAAUUCCAGAGCCUGAGGAAAGUGUGUGCAACACGGCUGUCAGAUGUAGGACUGAAGAAAAUAGAAUCUACAACAGUUGGUGUGAGUGAUACGGAGACACUACUACAAAUUCACAAGGAUAUUUUGAAACAGCAAGGUGAAACUUUGGAAGAGACGCGCACAGAACUGGUUAAGUUAUAUCUGGACAAAAACUUACCAGAGCCGUUGCAACCUUCAAUCUCGGAAGUCAGAGGUUCGAUCAUUAGAUUCAAACCAAACAUAAAUUCUUUAGAUGAACUGGAGCCAAGAUUUAGUAACAUAGUUACAAUUUGGGAUAUCGGAUUCCAAGUUUCCGUACAUGUGGUUAAAAGAGAUGAGAAAUGUCUGACAUUGUCUAUCUAUCCCAGAUUUCCCAGAAAUAAUAAUUACAGUUCAUGCUGUGUGAGUGCAGUUGUUUUCUUAAAAUGUACUGGCAAGGUAGGAAGACCGCCUUUUCGUUUAAAGAUGAAAGACUGUGAGUUUUUGGAUGGACAACUAAUGGGACACGAGAAUUUUAUGACACUGACCAAUCUUGCUAAUGCAGGGUUUAUGGAAAAUGGGACAUUGGAUAUUGUUGUUUAUUUGUUGGCCAAAAAGCCGUCUGUUAAAGAUUAAAGGUUAACAGUUAAAGCACAAGGACAAGAGUUUGCAUGAUAUACCUGUAUGAAUACUAGUAAAUGCAAAUGUGGCACAAGAACAGAAUUGCCAACAUGAUUUAAUAGCAUGUGUUUAAUGUUCUUAGGAAUAAUUGAUGUAAAUUUGAAAUUCAAAGAACAUUUCAUUUUGUAUUACAGUAACUCCAAUA